GGGGGAGUGUAGGAAAGGGACAGAGGAAAGAGAUGAAUAGAAGGCACCAGAACCACCUACCAUGACCAAGUCCGCUGUAAAUGUAGGGCAGAAAUUCGAGUGGAGUACAAGCGGAUCAUUGAACGACACAUUCGUGGAAAAAUCAUGUUUGGAUGUGCCUUAUCAGAAUCAAGUGUUUUUCAACAUGGUACCACAUUCGAUCACAGGAAGACAGGGAAACCAUUUUUUUUCCCAAAUAUCUCCUGCAUUUUGAAACGGAAAAGAAGAGAGUCAGGAAGACACAUUACUGAGGUAUCUUUCUGAUUAUCCAUGGUAGGCUUUGUAUAAUUCGCCUUCAUCCAGCGGAGCCGUUUAAUUCCUCCUGUUUUCCGAGAGGAGGACGCCAGAGAGCGAACGACUACAUCCAGAGGCUGCUCCUUUCGGUGUUGCCUGCAAUUGGUUUGGCAAUGCCCUUUUCUCUCAUAGGAAGGACUUGCACGCAGUAGCCGGGGAGCAAGCAGGGGAAAGGAUGCAUUUAACGCUGGAUGCGUGCUGCUUUCGGGGAGAUUCGGCACUGACAGCAGCUCCAGCGGGAAAAACGAGCGCGGAGGGCCUGGGAAGCACCCAGCCCCACUAUCUCCUCCUUUUCCUCCCCCCUGCAGGACCAUGCUUGCGUGAGGGAUGAGGCCGUGCACAGGGACGCCAGGCCAGAGCUGCGGCCUACAUCUAACCAGAGUCGGUCUCUCGACUGCCAGAUCUGUGAACACAUCACCACCAUCAAAUCAGCACCUUUGGGCAUCAAGUAGAUCCAGGAGCAUGAGCAGGACUUUGAGCUGCGGGAGCAGAUGUCUGGGUAUAAGCGCAUGCGGCGACAGCACCAGAAGCAGCUGAUCGCCCUGGAGAACAGGCUAAAGGCCGAGAUGGAUGAGCACAUGCUCAGGCUGCAGAAGGAAUUAGAAACUCAUGCGAACAACACUUACAUUGAACUGGAACGGCUGGCCAAACGCCAUGUUGCUCAAACGGAUAAAGAGAUGAAAUCAGUUGCAGCAGAGGAGAGGAGAAUACAGCAACAGAUUGUUGCUCAGCAAAAGAAAGAGCUGACUGGUUUCUUGGAGAGCCAGAAGAAGGAAUACAGGCUUUGCAAAGACAAGAUCAAGGAUGAGAUGAGUGAGGAUACUUGUGCAACCAAGGAAGAGAAACAGGAACGACUGUCCAGGUACAAAGAAACAAUGCAGCACUCCCAGGCUGAGGAGGAAGCUCACCUGCUGGCCCAGCAGAGGCUGGUCUAUGACCGCAGCUGCCGGGCCCUCAAACGCAGGAGUCUGAUCAGGCGGCACGAGUUUGAACAGGAGCAGCUAAGAGAGGAGCUGAACAAAAAGAGGACACAGAAGGAGAUGGAACAUGCCAUGAUGAUCCGGCAGGAUGAGUCCACCCAGGACCUGGAGCACCGGCAGCUACAGAUGCUGCAGAAGCUGCGUGUGGAGCUCCUGAGGCUGCAGCACCAGACCGAGCUGGAAAACCAGGAGGAGUACAACAGCCGACGACAGACAGAACUGCACAGAAAACACACUCUGGAGCAGCGGCAGCAGCCCAGAAACCUAAAGACCCUGGAGAUGCAGAUCAAAAAACAGUUUCAGGAUACUUGCAAGGUGCAGAACAAGCAGUACAAGGCUCUUAGGAACCAUCAGCUGGAAGUGUCUAACAAAGGCGACCACAAAACUAUCCUGAAGAACCUGAAGGAGGAGCAGACUCGGAAACUGGCUAUACUGGCUGAGCAGUACGAACAGAGCAUCAACGAUUUGAUGGCCUCACAAGCGAUGCGACUAGAAGCAGAGCAGGAAGGUGAGAUCCAAGCUCUGAAACAGCAGCUGAAGCAAGAGAUGGAGCUCCUGGACGCCUACCAGAAAAAAACCAAGUCCCAAAUGGAGACCCAACACGAGCGAGAGCUCCAGAAACUUGAGCAGAAGGUUUCCAUUCGGAGAGCACACCUUGAACAGAAGAUUGAAGAGGAACUGGCUGCCCUUCAGAAAGAGCGAACUGAAAGGAUCAAGCACCUGCUGGAGCGCCAGGACAGAGAACUCUGCGCUUUUGACUCAGAGAGUCGGAGCCUCGGUUUUGGAAGCCUUGGAUCUCUGGACUUCCCCAAAGAAGACAACAGAUGAAAACGGAUCUUAUCUUUUUAAAGGACAACAUAUUGGUGCCCUUCUCAUAUCCACUCGGCCGUUUUGCUGCAUCCACGAUGACAAAACUGGAUAACUUUCUCCGCCACUCUUCUUCUCUUUCUCUCUCUCUCUCACACUUCAGAUAUUGCAUCGUCGAACAAGAGGAUGUUUUGCUUUUGCUGUGACAUUCGGAGGGAGAAAGCAAAACAGAAGAAUCCUUAAACACGUCCGCUAACGAGCAAACUUAGUGUAACUCAAUGUGUUCAGAAAACAGACUCUUUCCUCCAUGCCAUCUCCUCUUCUUUGGUAUGAAUUGAAUAAAUCAGGAAAUUUUAGUAAAAUGGGCACUUUGAUAUGUUCCCAUCAUGUUCAUGAUGCUUAAUGUGUGUGUUACAUGGAGGGACAUUGUGGAAUGUGAACUACGGACUCCCCCGUGGUGUUAAGCUGCUUUUAUUUCUUUUUUAUCAUUAUUUGAUUUUUGCUGUAUUAAUUUAAUUUAAAUCUUUGAAUGUGAAUAUUACUGUACGGGGGGUCACUAGGGGUUUUCUCUUAUUUAUUUAUUAUUUUUUUUACAGGAUUCCUUUCUCCUACUGGUCACAUAUCCAACAUAUGCUUACUCAGUAUACUGUGUUCCCUUACUUUUCUACCAGAUUUUAUUUAUCAGUAUGUAGAAUCAAUUGGCAUCAACUCGAUCGACCCGUUUAAUCCUCUCACAACUCAAGAUCCCACUCGCUCAAACUGCUUAUUAUUGCAUGCACUUUAAGGACAAAUUCAGGUUGUGAAGUGAAGCAUGAAUCUGUCAGAGAUUUUAGCUGUUUGUAAAUAACUGGUCAUAGCAUAUGUUUUUUUUUCUUCUUUCUUGUUUUUUUAUUUUUCUUUUAAGCCUAUCAAUACUAGACAUAAGCGCCAUAUUUGAUAUGAUGUUGUUUUUUUUUUCACAAAUGCCUUUAUUUGAGUUGUGCCUGAAGCAGGUUUGCGUUAGGUGUUUGUAAUAUCAACAUUUUAAAUUACUUAUGACGGCACAUUUUCUUUUUCUUUUUUGUCUUUUUUUUUUGUUGGGUUUGUCUAAACUUGUGAAUCAUUUAAUUGUUCACUAAUCUUGUAAAGGAAAAAUGGUGAGAUCUGUGCUGUAUAAUUUUUGAUAUGAAUAUUUGUACAUGAAAACAUAGCUAGAAUAUACAGAGACACUGGUCUACUACUGAUAACAGAGGUUAACGAUAAAGAUUUUGCUUCUUUUUUUAUAACGUCAAGAAAUGGUCACACAAUAGUUCAGUAUAUUGCUAAGUCAGACCAUUAGACUUUCAGAUUGUAUAAAUGCUGGUGAAUGGAACCACAGACUUCUUGUUAUUUUCCCUGUGAUGAUCUUUUAGAGAUCAGAGACUCUGCAGACAAUGCGGGGCUGGACUGCAUUCAAACGAUUCGCGUCUGAGGAGUUCAAUAUUUUCCACCAUGUUCAUUAUAGUCAUUGAACAGGUUGCACAAUUGUUCCAUUCAUGGUGAAUGGAAAGAUAAUUUUCGGUGCUUAAUUUCUAAUGUCACCUUUAGCCUUGUUGUCUUUAUUUUAUUUAUUUAUUUUUUAGUUUCUUUUGUUUUUUCGGAGAACGAUUGAGUUUCACAAACUGUUCGUAAGCAUUUUGCAACCCCCUCUGAGUAAAAUCACAACAGGUUUUUCAAAGACUCGUGACCUAUUUGAAGCCCCAAUGCAGUGAAUUUCUCAAAUAAUGAACUAUAUGUAUGAAGAAAAAAAAAUAAAUGCUACUUCAUCAUGGGUCACUUUUUAAACAUGGUCAAAAGUGUUGAUCUUGAAUGCAACACUUUUCUGUUCAACAGUGUCUUUUGAGUUUUCUUUCUCUCCACAGCAGAAGCUUGUAUUAGUUCCUCACAAAGGGGGCUGGAAAGCUGGAAGAUGUCCCCAAAAUUCACAAAGUAUUUCAACAGGAGGAAUCUAAUAACGCUCAAGUUUCUGGUGGCAAUAGAACCUGACUGCUCUCGUCCAACUCGACUGAGUUCUGAAGUUGGAACGGCGAAGCUCGAUUUUUCAUGAACUUUCUGAAAUUUAAUGAAGCUGUGUCUCAUAUGCAGUAAAGCCUUUCUUUGUCGUCUGGUCGUGUAUCAGCUGAAGCUUUGUGGACAAAUGGUUUCAUAAAGAAAAAGUGCUUUUGAGGUGCUCGAGUAUGUUUGCCUGAGAGCUUCAGAACAACAGACCUUACAAUUUGUGUACAUUUUAGGUUAUUAGAAAGAUGUAUUUAGUUAGAAUAAAGGGGACUUUCCUAAAGAAUUUUAUUCACCAUUUCCUGUGCAGUUCGAAGACAAAAUAAAAGAGAUUUUGUUGAAAAAAAAUGUCUUG